GUCUGGAUGCACCUUUAUUACGACAGCAAACUUUGGCAAAGCACGUGGAGUGAGCAGAGCAAACCAGAGCGAGCCUGGACCCUGAAUCACACCAAGGCCCAACAACCCCUGUGUCUUCCUCCUCUGAAAACAUGGACCCUGCUCUCCUCCCGGUUGCCAGGUUUGACGUGGACGUGGACUUGGGCUUUGCCCUCUUCUUUGUGUUCCUGCUCUGCUCCUUCCUGUUGGUGACCAUAGUGCGCUGCGCCCAGAUGGUGCUGAACCCUUACAGAUCCAUCUCUGUGUCCUCGUACCAGCAAGAUUCAGAUGAGAAUGGGGGGUGAUCCACUCACGGUCCUGCUACUGUCCUGCACUGGAGGUCUGUACCACCAGAGGGGUAAACAUACAAGAUUUACCCACUCAAAGGAUGCAACUGCCCUCUGGAAAUACGAUUGCAAUGUAGAAUGGAUUUGACUUUGUCCUUUGAACAUUUUUCAACACAAGUUCGAUUCAUUUUUCUAGCUUUUUGUAUGCCUCUUUGAUCGUAAUU